GCAGAGCUCAAACAGAGAGAGAUGGAGACGGAGAGACAGGCGAGGAGGGAGAAGAUAAAAUCACGAGAGAUGGAUCGCAUGGCGUUGAUAACGGGUCGGAUCUCCAAUCUAGGCCCAAGCAUAUCCAAAUCAACUUCAUUUUCUGAUAUUCGCACAAAUGAUUUGCCCAAGCACUCGCGCUCCUCAUCGGAACCUUCACCGCCCUAUUUGAUCCUCGAUCGCGCACACGGUGAAGAUGAUGAUGAUGUGCCAAACACAUACAAUGAUGAGGAUUUCUCGAAACAAAACACAGCUGCAUCCUUUCGUAACAGAAGAAAUAGAUCAUCAUCAGUGCUGGUCGCCACACCCAAAGCAAAGCUUCCCAGGAAGCCAGUCGAGUAUCAUCUCAUCUCGAUCACACGAAAAGACAUAAACCACAGCAUCAUAUCCUCGGAGAAGACGCGCUUGUUCUGCUCCUUGGUGAUAGCACUCCUCGUGCUCCUGUCUCACAUUGACCCCAUAUUCAUAGUAGUGAAGUCGGAGAGCCUCAUUGCCUCUAGGCCUCUGUACGCAGUGCUGCUGAGUGAUCUGUUGAUUGCAGCCGCCACAUUGGCGCUUCUCUCAUUCCGGAGGGCGGCCGAGCAAAAGGUGGAAUUCGAGAAAGAUGUGAAUUGGGAUGGAGCUGUGAAAGUGUUGGAAUGGGGGAUUAUCUUGCAUCAGACAGUCCGUGCAAUCUUCAUAGACUGCAGCUUGUAUUUGGCUAUUGUUAUAUGCGGCCUCUCUCUCAUGCAUUGAUUUUGGGAUUUCUCAUCUCAUCAAUUCUACAUUUUGUCAACGUGGGUUUGAGGAGAAAAGGGGUCGUCGAGUACACAUAGAGAAGCAAGGAUAUCUACUGCAUGUGAAGUGCACCUCCCCUCUCCCCUUCUUCAACGCGGAUUAAUAUUGAUCAAAGAUAGGGUUCAGGGUUUAGCGUAAAGAAAUAUUUGAUAGAAGAUAGAAAAGAUUCAUUUUGUAUCAUAUCUAAGGGGUUCCUCACUUCGGGUAAACAAGCAAUGCAACAUGAUCUUUAUCAAAUGGAAUGCAAUCUUUUCUCAUCCGUGUCAAUAUCCCACCAGAGUGACUUCGG